AUUUGUAUUUGUUUUCACAGGGUGUUAUAUUUGAAUGCAGGCAAACUGUGAUCAUGGCACAGCUUCAAUGUAUCAGAAACACUAUACAAGCAAGUCACAAACUUGCAAGACAAACCCCUUUCGUAUUUGCAUGCAGGGGUAAUGCAUCUUAUGAAGUACUUGUAGCAGGUGGGGGUACAGGGGGGAUUUCUAGUGGGGCACGACUGGCGAAUAAACUUGGUAAAGGAAAAGUUGCAAUCGUGGAACCUGCUGAUAACCACUACUACCAACCACUAUGGACACUAGUGGGCGCUGGGGCGAAACCAAUGUCAAGUUCACAAAAAUCCAUGAAAGAUGUUAUUCCACCGAAAGCUACUUGGAUUAAAGACUCAAUCCAACAGUUUGAUCCAGAGAAUAAUCAAGUCAUAUUAGGAAAUGGAGAAAAAGUAUCAUACAAAUACUUGGUGGUAGCUUUGGGAAUAAAACUACAGUUUGACAGGAUCAAAGGUCUUCCAGAGGCGUUUGACACACCUGGUGUAUGCAGUAACUACUCUGCACAAACAGUAGGCAAGACAUUAGAGGCUUUGCAAGAUUUCACAGAAGGCAAUGCUAUCUUUACAUUUCCUACCCCACCCUUAAAAUGUCCAGGGGCACCCCAGAAAAUAAUGUACCUUGCCGAUGAAUAUUUAAGAAAGCACGGAAAGCGUGACAAAGCUACAGUUAUGUUCAACAGUGCUGGGCCUUCAAUAUUUGCUGUGAAGAAAUAUGCAGAAUCUUUAUCUAAGGUGGUGGCUUCAAAAGAUAUCGUCACAAACUUUGGUCUCAACCUUGUAGAAGUAAAACCUGAAACAAAGGAAGCGAUCUUUCAAAAAGUUGCCAAUCCAGAAGAACUUGUUACUUACAAAUAUGAAAUGCUACACGUGUCGCCUCCUAUGUCACCCCAUGAAGUUGUUAAAACCUCAGGACUGGCAGACGCUGCUGGUUUCGUAGAGGUAAAUAAAGAGACCAUGCAACACGUGAGGUAUCCUAAUGUAUUCUCUUUGGGCGACUGCAGCAGUGUUCCUACUUCAAAAACAGCAGCCGCAGUUGCAAGCCAGAAUGCAAUUCUGUCAAAGAAUCUGCUUAGUGUGAUGUCUGGUGGUCAGUGCACUCCUUUAUAUGAUGGAUACACAUCAUGUCCUCUUAUAACCGGUUACAGCAAGUGUAUACUGGCUGAGUUUGACUUUGAUCUCGCCCCAUUGGAAACCUUUCCCCUUGACCAGGGCAAGCAAAGGAGAAGCAUGUACCACAUGAAAGCUGAUGUUAUGCCAGCUAUAUAUUGGGACAUGAUGCUAAAGGGCAGAUGGAGUGGUCCGAAACAGUUUAGAAAAGCAAUGCAUCUUGGCAUGUCCCGAUAAAGUGAUAAAUCCAAAUAUAUUUUUUUUACCAUAUGCGGCGGCAAUCACUUAUUUCGUUCAAGCCAUUUAACCUUUGCAUUUUUUUGUUAUUGAGCAUCCAAUUAAAGAUGCUGUAAUAGUGUGCUAAGCAUGUUAACACCCCAUAGCUCAAACGUGUACAUUUGCCAAUAGCUUAAUCGGGUACAUUUCUGUUAGUUUACAAUUCCAUGCACUUGGUAAUAAAUGUACAUUCAAUUUUAAACGCACUAAAAUCUGUUGGGCUGUUAUAUUAAUCCCUGAUCAAAUAAACUAAUGAAGAAUGUGCUAAUAGAAUUGUAAUAAUAUAAAAAAAAAGAUUAAACCUUAUUAAAACGAAGUAUCAAAUAAGUUUGGUGCAUAUACUUUAAAACUAACACAUUUUCUAGUAAAUUUUUUUUGCAUGUUAAUAAAUGAAAUUGUGCCUUACUGCAAA